GGGGAGAUGGACAAGCAGAUACCCAAGUUGGUGCUGUUAACGUGUCUGGGUAACAGCUAUCGAUCACCCAGUGCAGAAGUAGUGUUCAUAAAACUUGUAACGGGUCAAAAUGUUUCAGAUAAUUGGAGGAAAGACAGUGCAGUGACAUCACAUAUGAAAUAAGAACCCACCCCCCCCCAUUAUUGAGGGCAGAACUACAUGAAGAAGCACAGUAUUCCUACGAAUCACAUUGCCCAGCAGAUUACCAAAGAAGACUUUUCCACAUUUAAUUAUAUACUAUGUAUAGACGAAAGUGAUCUGAGAAAUCUGAAUAGAAAAUGUAAUCAAGUUAAACACUGCAAAGCUAAAAUUGAACUACUUGGGCGCUAUGAUCCACAGAAACAACAUAUUAUUGAAGAUCUCUAUUAUGGGAAUGACUCCGACUUUGAGACCAUCUACCAGCAGUGUGUGAGGUGCUGCAGAACCUUCUUGGACAAGGUUCGCUAA